AUUCAAUGGACAAGCUCUCCUCCCUCGCAAGGUUCAAGGCGUCCUGCCCCUACCUCGGUCGCACAAAGUCCUCCACCCUCCGCACGCUAUGCACCUCGUCGUCCCCGCGUUUCCCCACCCUCUCCAAGCUCACUGAGAAGGCCACCCAGUGCCCCGUCAUGGGCCCCGCCCUCGCCAUGCGCUCCGGCCAGAUGGUCGCUGGCUACGCGAGCGUCGCCGGCAACGUCGACGUCAACAAGAUACACAAGGACAAGGGCGUCCGCAUCGACUCGGACAACAUUGCAAUGUGUCCCCAUGCCAGCAAGGCUCUCGCCGCCGCAAAGAUGGCUCAAGAACUCACCGCCGCCAAGAACCGCACCGACGCGCUCAAGGCCGACAAGGCUGCUAGCCAGCCGUCGACCUCCAGGGCCGCUAGUCCUGCUCCCGCUGGCUGUCCCUUCCAUACCGCCCAAGCUACCCAGGCGCCGUCUACGGAGGCUAAGCCCGCUCCCGUGCAUUCCGGAGCGUUCAACUAUGAGCGCUUCUACGACGCGGAACUCCAGAAGAAGCACGAGGACAAGUCCUAUCGUUACUUCAACAACAUAAACAGGCUUGCUGCCAAGUUUCCCGUCGCCCAUACCGCUGACCCCAAGUCCGAGGUCGAGGUGUGGUGUGCAAACGAUUACUUGGGCAUGGGUAACAACCCAAUCGUGCUCGAGACCAUGCACCGUACGCUUGACAAAUAUGGUCAUGGCGCUGGAGGGACCCGCAACAUUGCCGGAAAUGCUUCCUGGCAUUUGAACCUCGAGAAGGAAAUUGCCGCUCUCCAUCGCAAGCCGGCGGCUCUAGUGUUCUCGUCCUGCUACGUUGCCAACGAUGCGACGCUCGCCACUCUCGGCUCCAAAUUGCCGGGCUGCGUCUACUUCUCCGACUCGUCCAAUCAUGCGUCCAUGAUUCAGGGCAUUCGCCACUCGGGCGCGAAGAAAGUUAUAUGGAAGCACAACGACUUGCAAGACCUAGAGGCGAAAUUGAAGGAGUGGCCGCAGGACACACCGAAGAUCAUCGCUUUCGAAAGUGUGUACUCUAUGUGCGGUAGUGUCGGCCCCAUCAAGGAAAUUUGCGACUUGGCUGAAAAAUACGGUGCUAUUACGUUCUUGGACGAGGUUCAUGCCGUUGGUUUAUAUGGACCCCGUGGUGCUGGUGUUGCCGAGCAUAUUGACUAUGACGCCCACAAAGCUGCUGGCCAAUCUCCGGACCCUAUUCCUGGCACCGUCAUGGAUCGCAUCGAUAUUAUCACCGGUACACUUGGCAAGGCAUUUGGCGCCGUUGGCGGUUAUAUUGCUGGUUCUGCGCGCUUCGUCGACAUGAUCAGGUCUUACGCCCCCGGUUUCAUCUUCACAACGUCCCUUCCCCCCGUCACGAUCGCAGGCGCCCACGCGUCUAUCGUCUAUCAAAAGGAAUUUAACGGUGACCGGCAGCUCAUGCAAUGGAACGUCCGUGAGGUCAAGAAACGGUUUGCUGAGCGCGGUAUCCCUGUCGUCCCUGGUCCUAGUCAUAUCGUACCCGUUCUCAUUGGUGAUGCUGGCCAAGCCAAGGAAGCGUCAGACUAUCUCUUGCAGCGUCACAACAUCUACGUCCAGGCGAUCAACUUCCCUACCGUCGCGCGUGGUGAGGAGCGUCUCAGGUUCACAAUUACUCCAGGUCAUACUCUCGAGCAGCUCGAGCACGUCGUGGAAGCGGUCAACGACACGUUCUCGGUUCUGGGUAUCAAGCGUGAAGCGGACUGGACUGCUAUUGGUGGACGCUGCGGUGUUGGCAUGGAGGCGAAGGAGACAGUGGUGCCGGUCUGGAACAACGAGCAGCUCGGCUUGACAGGUCCGGACGCUGCGACGCCGAAAACGAGACGCCAAGGAGAGCCGAAGCAGGUGAGCAUGCGCGCGGUGCGCAUCGCGAGGAGCAAGUUCGAUCAUCUUUUGGGUUCUCUCGAGCCGCAGCCGGCUUCUGUGAGUCUCGGAGCCAUGAGUGGAUUGAAGAUGAGGACGGGCGCGGGCGCUGUGAGGCGGUCUGAGAACACUAUCCCCGCCGCUAGACCGGUCGCCGCGACUGCUUAAAGACUUAUUGUUCUCACCACUUGACGUCGUUAUUCAGUGCUUUUGGUUUUUGACAUCCGGCGUUGCUGUUUUAUCCCGUGGUGCAGAGUUUGAAGCCUUUUGUUUCUAUUGUUACGCCGUGAAUCGUGUUGUCUGCGCUGGCGACAUUGAAAUACAUGUUGUUAUAGUGGGUUCUGCCUG